AUGUCCUUAAGAAAGCAAUUGCACCAGAAUCAAGUGCAAACAGUAUACCAUCCAAUUGCAAAGACUUUCCUAUUGAGAGCGAUUAUUCUGAUCCUUGAUAUGGAUUUGAGCUCAAAUGGCCAGGAUCUGUGUUCUAGUAAGAGAGUCAUGAAUUACCAAUUUGAAGAGUGUAAGAGGACAAUUAUCAGGAUGAAGGAGGCUGCUGUUGCUUUUACACAAAUAGCUACUGCUGCUCAAGGAGCAUUAGCUGUUUUGCAUGGCCGUCGCUCGAAGUUUUACUGGGAAGAGCGACCGAAGAUAUUAAAAUUGACAUUGACUUGGGCAGAGAAGGUCUUGAUGCUAAAAUUUCGCAGCAGCAGCCUUUCCAAUGGAAUUGUCAAGGUGCAAGCGAGGUGGCUGGACACCACCAGUCAGAAAAGGAAAAGUUCUCAGGGAUUUUUGUAUCCUGCUGCUUACAUUGCAGAGCGGUUUCUCACUGCUAGGCCAUACUUUUAUAACUUCCUCCUUUUUCUCCAGAAUCUCGUUUUGGCAAUCCAUUCAUGCAAGCUCGGUCGGGGAAAUUACGUUAACGUUCUGAGAUGCAUCAAAAUCGAAUACAGCAAGUGCAAAACACAUCCUACUGAUAUACAAGGACUUCAACAUCUCAAAAAUGGAAUAAACCCAAAUUCCAUUUCCUCCGGUUCAUGCCUAAGCUCAUGGAACUUUACCGUAGACCCAUGCGAUAAUAUUUUCUCCGACCGGUUCACUUGCGGUUUCCGAUGUGAUCUCAUCGUCUCCGGUUUUUACCGAGUCACUGAAAUCAGCUUAGACCAAGCCGGUUACUCCGGUUCAUUAUGUAUAACCAACCUCCCUCAUCUCGAAGUUUUAGAUAUGUCCUAUAACUUACUCUCCGGUUUAAUCCCACAUUCACUCUCAAACCUAACUCGGCUACGUCGACUCAGUCUUUCGAAAAACUCAUUCACAGGUAAAAUCCCUUCUUCCAUUGGUUCUCUUUUACGUCUUCAAGAACUAUUUCUUGAUAACAAUAAUCUCACCGGUUCAAUCCCUCGAAGUUUCAACGGUUUUGUCAAUUUAAACCGGCUUGAGCUUCAACAUAACAAUAUUACUGGAGAUUUACCUAUUCUCUAUCAGCUCAGAAACCUAUUCUUCUUAGACUUAAGUGAUAACAGAAUCACAGGAAACUUCUUAACGUCACGUUUCUCCAAGUCCAUUAUUGAACUCUCACUACGUAACAAUUAUUUAAACGGCGAGUUCCCGUUAAACGUAGGAGAGUUGAAGUUUCUACAAGUUUUAGAUCUGAGUCAUAAUUUAUUAUCUGGGAUUAUACCGUCGGUGUUAUUUUACCAUUCAUCUCUUCAACAACUCACACUUUCUUACAACAACUUCACGUUAUUGCAAGUGCCAGAAGAUUUAAGGUAUCGAAGUAAUAAGCUUAUAGCUAUUGAUCUGAGUUGUAAUAAUUUGCAUGGCUUCUUGCCGGCUUUCAUGGCGUCAAUGCCGAAGUUGUCGGCUCUGAAUUUGGAGCAUAACAAGUUUUCCGGCAUGAUACCGACACAGUAUGCAGUCAAAGUUGUAGUUCCGAGAAACAAUACGUCGUCGUUUGAGAGAUUGUUGUUGGGCGGGAAUUACUUGUUUGGGCCUAUUCCUGGGCCUCUAUUGGGCCUAAAACCAGGUUCUGUUAAUGUUAGCUUAGUGGAUAAUUGUUUAUAUAUGUGUCCGAAUACGCUAUAUAUUUGUCAUGGUGGGAAUCAGAAAUCUUUCUUGGAUUGUAAGAAGUUUCGACCUAUGAUUCCUUGAGGUUAGUUUUAUUUUUUCAUUUCAAAUUUUGGAUGAGGUUAAUUACUAGUGUUUGAGCAGCAAAAGGUGUUCCUCUUGUCCUAAUUUUGAAUUCAGAGGUAAUAGUCGAUUACUUAGAAACUAUUCGACUUUG